AUGACUGAAAUUGAAGCAAUAGAUAUCAAUCCACAUCAAGACCAUCCAGCUGUCUGCGUUACUGUAAAUGUCAACUUGAAGACAGGCGAAGUGUCACGCGAAUGCUCUGAUAUUUUAAAGGAUUUAACUCCUUUAAGGAAAGCAUCAUCACUGUCAACCAUGUCAGCAAGAGAAAUAAGACUGCUUGCGAAGCAAGCUGAGUAUAAGGCAAAGCAAAACAUUAAAAUUCUUGAAAAGCAAGCCAAAGAGCUUAGCGAACUUCGCGAGACUCCAGAAAUCAACCCCAAUUCAAGGAAAAUUGCAGAAAAAGUCAAAACCAAGCAAAGCUUUGAAAUUAAAGUAAAGCAAAAAGAAAACAAUGUUGAAAAAACUUAUCUUCCAACUGGGACUAUUAAAGUUUCUCCGGAAAGUCUUUUAAAUUCCUUAAAAGCGCGCCCACAAUCAGCUUUUUCUUGUCUUCCUGCAGAAGAGCCAAUAAGCAAGCCAAAAUUAAACGUAAUGGACCGUACGCAAGUGUGGCUGAAAAAGAAAAAUACUAAAAUUGUUGAAGAAACUAGCUCUAUCAAAUAUAAAAAUCCAGAACUAUUUCUAAUAUUGAUAUUUAACAUCAAUCUCUAAAGCACAAAUUUUGAUUAAUUAAUAAUUUUUUUAAUCAAUUUCUUUUAAUUUUACACAUCUCAAAUUCUAAAAUAACUUGACAAAUAAAUUUAUUAUGAUUUCCAUUCAAAUGAAUUAAAUUCAAAAGUUUUAAAAUGCAGCAGAUAGGAGCACUCUUCUGCUAGCCAACAUAAAUUUGUUUCCGUUCUCGAUGCAGAGUAAGAAAAAUGAGGAAAAAAAUUUAGAAGACUGCACAUUUCAGCCCCAACUUUAUGAAAGAAUCAGAACAGACGAGUCGCCUUUGUCAAUGCCUUCUAAGCUUUCUCAAACUUUUAGUUCUUUUUAUACAAAGAAACAAGAAUAUAAAAAGAAAGUAGCUUCAUCUGCCGUAACAACACGUUUAAAUACGGAUGAAACUUCUCGCUCUGCAAAGUUCUUAGACAGAGUAGCUGAGAAUGAAAAAAAUAAUAUUGAAAUUGUCCAUGCAGCUACUGAUAAUUUGCAGACGAGCGGGGGUAGUAUGAAAUAUAUUAAGAUUACUCCUGUAAACAAGCAGCUUAAGUUUAAAUCAGGAUUUAAUGAGACCUCGUUUAAAAAGAAAGCCAAGCCAAUGCUGUCGUAUAGGUUAAAUUAG